CCGAGGGAUGGUAGCGUUCUUAUAGCAAACAUGUACACUUUUGGCUUUGUUCCUCGCCGGUUAAAACUCGAACUUUCGACCACACCUCUCCAAUAAUUGAACUGGUUGGUAGAUUACAGCCUUUUUAUUGCAUAGUAGCCUUAAUUGGAGAGGAAAGACAUGUUUGUUUAUAUAGUGACACUGUGUACUUCGAAUACAUCACUUGCGUUCGUUGGCUCUCAAACAUAUUAUGCAAACAAAAUGUCUAUUUGAUCCAACCAACAAGAAUUUAGCGAUUCAUCAAACAAAAGCGACAUAAAAAGAAUUUACAUUGUAAAUCGAUGACAAUUCAGCUCUUUUUCCCUAAUUAUAUAUCUCACUCUCACACCUCUUUUACCUAAAAGAAAUAAAGACUAAGCCUUUAAUGAAAGGAUUCACCUCCGCCCUACUCUUUGUGUUUGCGGCAGCUACAACGGUGUCAGCCGGUUGUAGCGGCGACAUCAAGGUCACUUCUCAAGGCGAUCUUGAUGCCAUCCAAACGUGCAAAACGUACCAAGGCGGCAUAACAAUCGAAAACGUCGGCACGAACAAACUUACCGUGAAAGGCAUCCAGUCGCUGAAAGGCGAUCUGAUUGUCAAGGACAACAAUGCGUUGACGUCGCUCACUUUGGACAGCCUGCAAGUCAUCGACGGUCAGAUGAAAUUGGACAAUAACAAGAUCCUCAGCAGAUUCGAGCCCAAAGCUCUAAUUGGCGUGCGCAGCUUUGAAGCGGCAGUCCAACCAGCACUAUCCUCAAUUGCGUUCCCAGCAGGCCUGUCGCAAGCGGAUCGAUUUAUGGUGUCAGACACAACCGCAGCCCGUAUCGAUGGCUUAAAGAUGGACAAGGUAUCCAACUUAAUCAUCGAUAACAACAUAUAUCUGAAAUCCGUCGAUUUGAGUAACUUGACGGAUAUCGGCGAUACUUUGACCGUUUCUGCUAACUCGCCCAGCCUCAACUUGGAUCUCCACAGUCUAGGCGGUGUGAAACACGGAUCGUUCCGUAACCUGGCAGGUGUCAACUUGGAUGGACUCAAGCAUGUCUCUGGUGAUAUCUCGUUUAUUUCCAACACAUUCGGCAAGCUUGGUUUGAAGGAGAUAUCCGAAAUCGACGGCACCUUGACAAUCACCAACAACAAUCAGUUAUCGGAGCUGGCACUCCCAAAGCUUCGUCGGCUUGGUGGCGCUUUAUCCGUCGGCCAUAACACACAGCUGGGAACAAUCGAAGCGUUUCCUAACUUGGAAGAAGUAGAUGGCACAUUGGACAUCGUCGGCACGUUUGAUGAAGUCAAGCUACCCAAGUUAUCUGAUGUCCGAGGCGGUCUUAACGUACAAACUUCCAGCAGUAAAUUCUCGUGCAACGAUAUGAGCAAGUUGAAGAAUGGCGUCAUCAAAGGCAACUCCUUCCUAUGCAAGGCAUCGGUAGCUAAACCAAAAUCAGGAAUGAAAGGCGGUGCUGGCGGUGGACUGGAUGACAUGGAAGGAACAGCCGGCUCAAUCCAACUGGCUUGGUUUGUUGUCACAACAAUGAGCUUGAUGGGUACUUGGUUCUUGUUGUAA